GCACCCGCUGAUGACGUAGCGAACACACAUUGGUGCGUCACAUUUCAGGUUGGCACAGAGGAAAAGAAACUGAAACCCAAGCUGUGUUCUGUCGCGUCUAAAGGAAAGGUCUGAAAGCAGCUCUAACUUAGAACGAUGGUCACCACGCUUGACUUGAUUAAGCAGACCCUCGAUCGACUGAAAAAAGAGGACUUGAAGCAGUUUCGCCUCAAGCUCAGCGACGCCACACUAGGAGACGGCACGACCAUCCCAGCUGGCAUUGUUGAAACAUGCAAAAAUACGGGCAGUCUGGCGGAGAAACUUAUAAACCACUUCACCGCCGCCAAAGCACUGAGUGUAGUCGCCGCGACUUUACGACGCUGCGAUCAGAACGAGCUGGCACUUCAGUUGGAGAAGAAGAUCGAUGAUGAGGCUGGGAAAAAAAAGUCAACCAAAAAGAAAGCAAAGAAAGGAAAAGUUAAGGGAAAGAUAAUGACAAUAAAGAAGCUCUUGAAGGAACCCGAUGGAAACAACAUGACUCCUCUAAAAGUAAAGGUCCUGUCUGUGUCACGUACAAUUAACUAUAUAAAUCAGAAAAAGAUAAACAUGCAGAUGAAGUUCCUGGAGUUAGCUGACAAGACAGGCACCAUCACUGGCAAGCUUUAUGACAUGACGAAGACUAAUGUGAUCAAGGAGGGCCAAUGUGUGUGUCUGGAAAAUUACAAGUAUGUUACAACAGAUAAAAAGCAUCAACAUGUCAUUUUCAUCAACUCAUUAACUAAGGUCGCAAAAAUAAGGCAAUUUCAUACCGCUGAAGUGGUGAAGACUAAGCCUUUGAAGAAUGAAAAAGGAAUCGAGAAGGAAAAAAGUAAAAUGACCCAGCAGAAGAUAAAGCAGAGCAAACAAGAUCAGAAAAUGCCAGGAGGUUCUCAAGGUGCAGACCACCACAGUGACUUACUGAAUAUAUUAAAUAACGGAUCUAAGAAACAAAUAAAAUCACUGAAAAACAUUGGCGAGAAGAGGGCUCAGCAAAUUGUCGACUGGAGGAAUAAUAAUACGUUCAUGCAGAUUGAAGACCUAGAGAAGAUUGAUGGCAUUUCAAGCAAUGUGGUGGCUGCUCUAAAGGUGAACUAGAGCCUCUCAUCUUCCUGCUAGUGGUCCCUGCUCAGACUUGACUGUGUUUUUUUUUUGGUAUGGUGUCCAUUUUAGGAUAUCAUUGUUUUUCACUUCUCCAGUCUUCUAUGGUUAUCAACAUUGCCUCAUGUCACCUCCUAUGUUUUUGCUUAACUUGCUUCAUAUUGCCCUUCAUCUGAACUUCCAUAUAUGCUAUUAUUUAGAUAGAUAGAUAGAUAGAUAGAUAGAUAGAUAGAUAGAUAGAUAGAUAGAUAGAUAGAUAGAUAGAUAGAUAGAUAGAUAGAUAGAUAGAUAGAUAGAUAGAUAGAUAGAUAGAUAGAUAGAUAGAUAGAUAGAUAGAUAGAUAGAUAGAUACUUUAUUAAUCCCAAGGGGAAAUUCACAAUUUAACUAUUUAGACAUUCUCUGCAAUAUUAUAUAUGCUGGUUUAUUUUUUUACAAGUUAUUAUCUGCAUUAAGGAGAAGUAUUUUAUUUUUAUUUUUUAAUAAAUAAAUAUGAAGGUAGGGCAGUGGUCAGUAUGGUAUCCAGCACUGGGCAAACAAGCAAACACAUGACAUUGUAAGGUCUUAUUUAAUUAAGUGGGGUGACUGACAAAUUGACAGAGGUUUUCCAUCAUACCAGAAGGUCACCCCUGAGCUCUUUAUAUUAUUUAUGGACUCUGACUGGUCAGUGGGGAGGACAAAGUAAACCUGUCCCUUUAAACACAAUUUAGGGUCUAGAAGUUGAGCAGCAUUUGUAGCCACCAGAGGGAGCUCUAAGCAUAUGAGCUCAAGGUUUCACAGCAGUUGACACCACGGCUGUGGCUCCUGAGGUCACAACUGAAGCAGCCUCAGACACGGACUGCAGAGCCCCUCUUUUCCCACCAGUCCAAUAAACUUUGAUUCAGAAGAAGAGUUUGUUGGCAAACGCUUGACUGUCAGGAAGAAAGGAUGCCAGCUUUGAGAGAGAGAAACAGAGACAGUUGGAGGUGAAACUGCAGGUGAUGCGUGUGAUAACUUGAUUGAGUAAAUGGGCAGCUUGGACAAUGGUUAGAAAAUGGGGCAAGGCCUGUAAUUAUUUUGUAUUUACCUCCCUUAUUCAUGCUGUAAGAAAACACAAAGAUACUCAUAAAGGGUCUGGGGCACCCAAAGGCAAACCCCGUAUAUUAUAAAGACGGCAAAAUAAAUGUGUGUAAAAGCUAAGUCGAAACUAGUCUUGCUGAAUUGGGUGAGCCUGCCCCAAGAUGGAAGUUGUUCCAUUUAUGAUGGUUUCUGGAAGGAAGAGGCAGAUACAGAUGGGCUGACACCAGAAGUGAUGUCAUAGAUCAGGGGUGUUGAUCUCCAGGUCCGGAGGGCUGCAGUGGCUGCAGGUUUUCAUUCAAUCCCUUUCCUUAAUCAGUUUUCGCUGCUAAUUAACUCCUUUUCCCUUCAUUUUCAUAGCCCUGUUUUUAAGGAUUCUGUCCUCUGAGUUGAUGCCAAGAUGAAAUUGCUCUGGCAUAAUGUUGCAUCAAAAAGCAUCUCCAAUGACAGAUGCCAUUCAUGUUUUUGUCCCCCAGCCCAUUGCACUCGCACUCUGCCCAUGACUAGCAACCCAUUUUGUCACCAGAGAUCGGACAUUUAUUUUUAUUUCAGGCAUUGCGUUGCUGGAGCUCAUUGGCACUUACAGCAGCAGCGACUUGUUGCCAUUCAUGAUAUUGCUGACACCCGUGCUUAGGCCACCAAACAAAGUUUCUUUGCUUGCCUCUAAUUUAGAAAUGAGAACUUCAAUCUCUCGCUACUGGAUACAUCAUGUGUCUGCUCUACCAGCCAAUGACGGUGUGCAGCACUGUGAUUGCAUAUGUAGGAGGUUGAUUAGCACAGUCCAUAUGUAGUUGUUUCAGGGUGGAAUCAGGUGGGGUUUGAGAUGCGUUCACAAACGCACAUUUACAAGAUGAUUGGGAUUUAUAACAGGUAAACUGCAUAGAAAUAUGCAUACGCCAAGUCUUAUAAGUCUGGGUAAGUUUUAUAAAUGAGGCCCCUGAGAUCUCACAGACCUGGAAGAGAAACUCUGUCAGAGGAUCAGACCCACCCUGAGAAGCAGUGCAAGUGCAAGUGUGAGAGUGAGGGAGGUGGUCAAGAACUUAAAGAGGAGAACGUAUGAGUCCUGCUGCGCCGCUGAAAUCCAUUGGCCUGCUUACAUUCCAGCAAGUCUCCGGAAGGAUCAAGAUUUGGAUAAGCUCAGUGAAAAGAGGAAAGUGAAUGCAGAUGGUAUUGACUCUGACAGCAAGAGAGAGCAGUGAGGUGGAGCCAGUGGUGUGAAUGUGCAGGCAGUGGGCGCAGCAUAAAAGGAAGAUCACUGGAGCUUCAUGAAAGGAGCCAAAGAGGUGGCAAAAGCUUUGGAGGGGGACUGAAGAAGGGGAUUACAUUUAACUUUAUUUGCUUAGCAGAUGCUUUUAUCCAAAGCAAUUUACAAAAAAAGGUCAACAGCAAGAUCAUAAAAGUAGAUAGAUAGAUAGAUAGAUAGAUAGAUAGAUAGAUAGAUAGAUAGAUAGAUAGAUAGAUAGAUAUGAAAGGCACUAUAUAAUAGAUAGAUAGAUAGAUAGAUAGAUAGAUAGAUAGAUAGAUAGAUAGAUAGAUAGAUAGAUAGAUAGAUAGAUAGAUAGAUAUGAAAGGCACUAUAUAAUAGAUAGAUAGAUAGAUAGAUAGAUAGAUAGAUAGAUAGAUAGAUAGAUAGAUAGAUAGAUAGAUAGAUAGAUAGAUAGAUAGAUAGAUAGAACUUUAUUUGUCCCCAGGGAGAAAUUUAGCUUUUUACCGAAAAUCUUUUAGUUAAAUAAAAAGUUUGCAUGUUCUCCCCAUGUCUGCGUGGGUUUCCUCCCACAGUUCAUGGACAUGCAGGUUAGGUGCAUUGGUGAUCCUAAAUUGUCCCAGGUGUGUGUGCCAUGCGGUGGGCUGGCACCCUGCCCAGGAUUUGCUCCUAUCUUGUGCCCUGUGUUGCCAGGGAUUGGCUCCAGCAGACCCCCUAGGAUAUAGCGGGUUGGAUAAUAGAUGGAUGGAUGUUUAAAUAUAUUACAUUGGCUAAAUAUUUUAUGUUAAAUAGAUUUAGAACAUAUUGCAUACAUGGAUAAAUUGUGUAUUUUGUUAAAUUUUAAUGAAAUUUCUUUUCAGUUUUGUUGUAAAUAUGACGUGAUUGAAACAUCUAUUUAUAUUUUUUAGCUUUUUCAUCAUGCAAAUAAAAAUACUUAUUCAAAUUUAAAA